AGUAUGGAGUUCAGGUCACUCUCUGUAAUACUCUUGUUGAGUUCACUCGUCCAGACUUUGCACGCUCAAGUAUAUUUUAAGCCAGUUCUGACUGUGCAGCCCGAUUGGCCACAAAUAUUCAGUGGAGAGAAAGUCACACUCAGAUGUUCCUUUCCAAGACACAGUAUGACUGACUGGAUAUUCUACUGGUACAGAGAGAGCACUGAACUUCACCACUCAGAUGAAAACGUUUACAUCAUAAAACACAUCAAAGUGGAUCACAGUUCAAAAUACUACUGUUAUAUUUCUGAGAAACAGAGUCAAAGAGACUCUUAUUGGAGUAACGCAGUGACUCUCACAGUAACAGAGAGACCAAAAGCUUUACCGAUCCUGGUGCCUACUGGACAGAUGUUUACUGGAGAGAAAGUGACUCUUACAUGUGACAUACAAGGACACACAGACACUGAGUGGAGCUACAGCUGGUAUAAAGAUGGUGACAGUAACCGUCCAGUUUAUUCCUCUAAAGUGAAAAAAGAAUAUUCAUUCAGUGUUGUAGAGUCUGACAGUGGUAAAUACACCUGUAGAGGAGAGAGGAGGAGUGACUCUCAGAGAUCAGAGAUCAGUAAUGCGGUUACACUGACUGUAUCAGCUUUACCCAGAGCUACACUGACUGUAGAACCAGAGAGCCCUGUGUUCACUGGAGAGUCAAUCACUCUGAAGUGUGAGAUAGAGUCUUACAGUAACUGGAGAUAUCAGUGGUAUAAAGGCAGCAGUAGAACUGCAGUCAAUCAGUCUCAGACAAACACCUUCACCAUCAGAUCAGCAGCAGAUCAGGAUCAGGAUCAGUACUGGUGUAGAGGAGAGAGAGAUUACAGACCCUCAUCAUCACAGUACAGUAUCAGAGUGGAUCUUUCUGUUAAGGCAGAAAAACCUAAACCUGAACUCACAUCAAGCCAUAAAGGAGCUGCACUGAUAGGAAAUCCAGUGGUUCUGUACUGUAAUCUGGAUCAGUCUGCUGGAUGGAGGAUUUACUGGUUCAAACACACACAGAACCCUGAGAAUGAGACCAAGACUGAAACACACUCCUACAGCAUCAGCUCAGUUAAUGUCUCUGAUGGAGGACAGUACUGGUGCAGAGCUGGGAGAGGAAACCCAGUCUACUACACUCACUACAGUGAUGCUCUCUGGAUAAACACGACUGGUGUUUCUCGUCCAAUCUCUCUGAUGGUCAGUCCCAGCAGAACUCAACACUUUAUUACUGACUCUCUCUCACUGAGCUGUGAGGGACAGAGUGACUCUACUGGAUGGAGAGUGAGACGAUUCACACACAGUGAAAAGGUGUCAGAUUGUUCAUCAGGCUGGGGAUCAGUUACAGGAUCUACAUGCAGCAUCAGCUCCAUCAACACAUCCCACACUGGAGUGUACUGGUGUGAGUCUGAAUCUGGAGAGAGCAGUAAUCCUGUCAACAUCACAGUGCACAAUGGUGAUGUGAUUCUGGACAGUCCUGUUCAUCCUGUGACUGAGGGAGAUCCUCUGACUCUACACUGUUUAUAUCACCACACAAAGCCCUCAAACCUCACAGCUGAGUUCUAUAAAGAUGGAUUAUUCCUCCAGACUCAGACUACAGGAGAGAUGACCAUCCGUACUGUCUCAAAGUCAGAUGAAGGUCUCUACCACUGUAAACACCCAGAGAGAGGAGAGUCACCACAGAGCUGGAUCUCAAUGAGAGCUGCUGAAUCUGCUGUUGGUCUGGUUGGAGUGGUUGUAGGAGUGAGUUUUGCUGUGUUGUUCAUCAUCUUACUGAUACUGCUGUGGCACUACAGAACCAGAAAAGAAAACAAGCUGAACACAAACCUGAUCACAGAGCAGAAACAGAGAGAGUCAGGAGCUGAGGACUCCCAAUUAGGAUACGCAGCAGUGCAGGCUGAUGUUGGUGAUGGAUCCGUGGAUAUAAUUUAUGCUGAGGUUGAAGUGAAAAUGAAGAACAACUCAAAGAAACAACACGAGAAGGUCUGUGUGAAUGCUGACACUGUGUAUUCAGAGCUGAAGCAGAACACAGAAAAAAAGACACAGAACCCUGAGAAUGAGAUCAAGACUGAAACACACUCCUACAGCAUCAGCUCAAGUCCUGUUCAUCCUGUGACUGAGGGAGAUCCUCUGACUCUACACUGUUUAUAUCACCACACAAAGCCCUCAAACCUCACAGCUGAGUUCUAUAAAGAUGGAUCACUCCUCCAGACUCAGACUACAGGAGAGAUGACCAUCCAUACUGUCUCAAAGUCAGAUGAAGGUCUCUACCACUGUAAACACCCAGAGAGAGGAGAGUCACCACAGAGCUGGAUCUCAAUCAGAG